CAUACCAAUGCACGAAUGUGAACACGAAGUCACUAACACGAAAUGUAGAAUUGUAGAAAUUUAGUAUUAAAAUUUAAAAUUAAUUUUAAUGCAAAUUAACAUACAAAAAUUAUGUAAUUUAUUCUAAAUCCAAUUUUUAAAAUAGUUGAAAAAAAUGAAUCUAUAUAAUUCUAGUUCAAAAACAAAUAGUUAACGUCUUUUUCAAUGAUUAGCCAUUAUUUUAUGGGAAUGUUUAAGUUUAUAGUUUCAAACAGUUGGAAAUAUGAAUGUUAAGAGAUAUACUUAAGUUUAAAGUAUUUAGUAAUCAUGGUCUUAGCAUCCAAGGAAGUCGUGACUGUGGCUUUGUUGUGCUGUGUAUGGUAUGUAGUAAGUUCCGGUAGCAAUGUAGUCGGCAAGACACUUUUAAACCAAUUCCCAUAUCCAAUGACUGUGACUAUGGUGCAACUCCUAUCCAUAGCUGUUUAUUCAGGACCAUUUUUUAACUUAUGGGGUGUGAGACGGUUUGUAGAUAUAAGUUGGCCUUAUUAUUUCAAGUUAAUAGUUCCACUUGCUCUCGGAAAAUUUAUCGGAUCAGUUUUCACUCAUGUCAGUCUAUGGAAAGUACCAGUUUCUUAUACACACACAGUAAAAGCUACUAUGCCACUGUUUAGUGUUGUUUUGUCAAGAAUAAUACUAGGAGAAAAACAAUGUUUAAAAGUCUAUUUAUCAUUAGUACCCAUAAUUGCCGGAGUUGCUAUUGCAUCUUUCACAGAGAUAUCUUUUGAUGCAAUAGGGUUAAUGAGUGCCCUGGCAGCUACAUUACAACAUACAUUACAAAAUAUAUUUUCUAAAAAAGUACUCCACGAUACUGGUAUUCACCAUUUACGACUAUUACAUGUACUUGGUCGUCUAGCAUUGAUGAUGUUCUUACCGGUGUGGCUUUAUUUCGAUUUUUGGCACCUAAUGACAGUUUCAAAUUUUAAUAUGAAUAAUGAAUCGUACAAAGUAAUAGGUUUGCUGUUUACUGAUGGUAUACUUAGUUGGUUGCAAAAUAUAUUAGCAUUUAGUGUUAUGUCAAUGGUUACAUCUUUGACAUAUGCCGUAGCUAGUUCAUCAAAAAGAAUAUUUGUUGUGGCUGCAUCCUUAUUUGUAAUUGGAAAUCCGGUUACUAUUAAUAAUGUUUGUGGUAUGGCAAUGGCUCUAUUUGGUGUUAUUGCGUACAAUAAGGCAAAAUAUGAUGCCAGACGAUCAGAUCAAAAACGUGUAAUACUGCCAAUGACAUACCAACACACAAACAAUUCUACAUUUUGGCAAAAUGGUAAAAUAAGUUCCACUCAUAUUAAUGGCAAUAAAUCAUUAUUUAUAUAAUUUUAAGUGUGACAACUUCCAUACAAUUAUAAAUUUAACAAUAAGGUUGUUAAUAUGUAUGUUUUUAUUUUGUUAAUGUUUUCAUCUAUAUACUUAUUGUAUUAUUUUAUUUUUCAAUUGUAUUGUUGAGUUUUCUAUUAAAAAUAAUAUUUAAGAUAAUAGUUAUUUAAGUGUUAGAUAGAUAAUAUUACAACAUAAAUGUUAUGUAAAUAAUUAUUAUUUUAUGUUAUAAAAAGUAAUUUAAAUUC